AUGGCUUCGCCGGCGUUAACAGGUGGUUACCGGAACCUUGCUGCGCCGGUUUCUCUCCUGCGCACUUUAGCAUCCACCCUUAGCACUACUACUCCAUCGUUCCAUUACAAACACUCUCCGCGUUUCAUUUCUUCUUCAAGGAGAUUCACUUGCUUAUCCUUACUUCAAACCGAUUCUCCGAAUCAAACCGCUCUCUCCCCCUCUUCCUCCAGUAAUGGUUACCCUGAAUACAAUCGAUUGAUGCCAUGUCCUGCGCAUAACUUUCCUCCAAGAAUUGAGCAUAUGGUUGUUUUAGAAGACGUUCUCGUUGUUGAUUUUAUCUGCAAACAAUUGGAUCUUCCUCCUUUAUAUGUUGCAGAUCUUAUCCGAUUCGGAGCUGUACAUUACGCUCUUGUAUGCCCUAAACCUCCACCAACUGCGACUCCCGAGCAAAUCAAACUCUUUGAAGAAGUAACCUCUCCUUCAGUACUAAGCAAGAGACCUUCCAUCAAAGGGAAAACUGUUAGAGAAGCUCAGAAAACGUUUCGUGUGACUCAUACCGAUCAGUAUGUCGAAGCUGGAACUUACUUGCGUGUCCACGUCCACCCAAAACGUUCCCCAAGGUGUUAUGAAAUUGAUUGGAAGUCGCGGAUUAUUGCUGUGACUGACUCUUAUGUCGUUUUGGAUAAACCUGCUGGCACUACGGUUGGGGGAACCAUGGAUAAUAUUGAAGAGACUUGUGCUACAUUUGCCUCACGUGCGUUGGAUUUGCCAGAACCAUUGAAAACAACGCAUCAGAUUGAUAACUGCACAGAAGGCUGUGUUGUCUUUGCUCGAACAAAAGAAUACUGCUCGGUCUUCCACACGAAAAUAAGAUAUAAAGAAGUAAAGAAACUUUAUCGUGCACUUGCUGCGGCACCUCUUCCCUAUCUGAUCAAAGGCUGGCACUUGUGUCAACUUGAGAUUUUAGAAUGUAAGAAGAUACCUUGGCCCGACGCAGCGACUGAGAAGAAACAUGACAUCGAAGACUGUGGAUGGCCUUCAAGAGAAUAUGCUUACGAGUGUACAAUAAACCUUAUAACAGGAAAGACUCACCAGAUCCGGGCUCAGUUUGCAGCUUGUGGGGCACCGUUGGUUGGUGACUCAAUGUACAUGCCAGCUGCAAUAGCAGAGACGGUGAAUCCUGGGAUCAAUCCUUACGGGAAAGCAAAGAAACAUGUAACAAUGGAGGAGGACGAUAAGGAAACCGCAGUUGCUGAAUGGAUCAGUAGGCAUGGGAAGGAACCGAGAGUAGGAAUCGGUCUUCAAGCUUGUCAAAUCUCGUGGGAUGAUAAAGAUGGAGAGCAUUUCUAUGAAGCUGGGACUCCCUGGUGGAGAUGA